GAGCCGCCGUGUGUACCUCGCGUGGGACGGAGUGAGUGACGUAGUGUAGUGAUGCUGUAUUAGGCUACUCAUGGUGGUUAUAUUGAUAGUCAAUCCCUCUGCGGAGCCACCGUUCACCAUCCACCACCCCAGCAGGACCGAGAACCUCAGCACUAGCAAUACUAACACCACCUCCAUCUCGUUUGUCUCAUCAUCUUCUUCUUCACAGGUUGAUCCGGAGAGUGCCUUCGCCACUACUAAAGAGGAAGAAUGGGUGACGAAGAAAAAGGUGGAACUGACGACAAAGAGGCAAAUAGAAACUCGGGUGAAAAGGCAGGUGGUGUUGGAGGAUGGCAAAGUUGUGGAGGAUACUGGUCCUAUCGUCACCACCAACACAACUGAGGACACAGAGAAACAAGAGUCCUGUCAAACUGAGCACCGUCAGCUGGGGGAUGACGAUGUCGAUGGUGACGGGGGUGACAGGACGGGGAAGGAGGGGUGGGUAGCAGUGCCGGGACAAGGUGGAGUCGUAAAGGAAGUCAAGGAACGAACCGUCAAAUCUCGGGAGGAGAAGGAAGAGCGAUUGGAAACUGAAGAUGUACAACACCUUGGAGAUAUCUCUGAUGAGCAAUACCUGUCGGCUAUCCAACGACAGAGCCAGGAGGGCGUAGACCUGAGAGUCGCUCUCGUCGGUCAAGAGGUGGCGAGGCCUCACGAGGGACGUAUAGUCCAUCAGAGCUGCAAGACCAAGAAGGUUGUAGACACUGAUGACAGAAGACACCUCAGCGAGCUCCAGGCUGAUGGGAGAGUAGUCACUGAGACCAAGAGGACCACAGAGCACGAAGAGAUAAACAAUACAGAAGAGCCAGAUGACGGAAGAGGAUCUGGGGGAGAAGAAGAGGAGGAGGUGCACAAGUCAAGCUCCCAGCAUUACACCAAGACUAAGGACCAGGAGUUCGUAGACUACUUGGCUGACGGAAAGAGGAUCGGGCGAGAGAUGAGGUACGAGGCGGAGAACAUGGAGGGUGACCGCCAGGGGGACACGGGACUGCUAGAGGAUCCGCAGGAGUGGGACAGUCUCAGUACGAGAAUACGGAAGAUGAGGAGGAACAAGCUGCAUCAGCUGCAGAGAGAAGGGAUAGCGGGAGCCAGCCCCAUAGACAGGAAGGACGCGCUUACCAAGAAACCACUCGAUUUCGACCAAGAAGAAGAAACGAGGAAGGUGGAAACGUCAAAAUGGUUAGAGCAUCAUUUCGGUAGCGAAUCUAGAUCUUCCAAGGAUUCUUUAGGAGACGAUGACGACCUUCCUGCGACAGGAACGUCGACAAGUUUCAUCAACGUGACUAUGAAGUCAACCAAAAACGGAAGCAAAGUGAACGGAGUAGACGCAGCGAGGAAUCUUAGUAGUUCGUCCAGAGUGUUUGUGUCUUCCCCGGAAGCGGAAACUCCCCCUCCUCCUCCUACAACGUACUUCCAAGGGAUCAGCGAGUGGAGGAACUCCAAGGAAACAUCGAGAGAACCCGAGAGGCCCGCGAGAACCUCCGUCACCUCGCCAGGACUGUACAAAGACAGGGUACAAGUGUUGCCCACAGGGCCGAACCACACGUUUACCCCGUCAAAGUCUUCCCCGAGCCCUCCAUACCCGUCAUCUAGUCUAGGAUCGAAGAACUUUCGUGGCAGUCAAGGUUCGAAUCUAAACCUGAAUGGUAGGAACAGUUCCGGUCCUGAGAGUUCUUCGCCGUUCCAGUCUAUUACGGAGAAGCACGUGUACAACAGGUACUACAGACAAGAGAACGGUUCUUCUCCAUCCCAAGACAGGGGAUCUCCUUACGAGAGGUCUGCCUCACCCCACAACCACAACUCACACCCGAGAGCGGUGAAUGGCAAGACUUCCUCGACAGAGGAGGAACCUCAUCGUCCGGCGUCCCCCAGGCACCAUAGACGAUACAACGGCCACAGUAGUCACAACGGACACAACGGACAUGUGGAGAGGGAGGACAGCGAUGACCAGCGUGUGGCCAGUAGUCAUCUGAUACAUCGAGAGAGGGAGAGCUACCACCAGCGUCUAGAGGAACCAGCCCCUGACUACUCGCCACCGUCCCCGCGAGGCCCUACACCCGACAACAAGAAGAAGAUCUACCAAAGAACACGGUUCGCCGCAGACAUUCCGCCCGUACGGACGAAAACCGCGCAAAGCACACAAACUCCUCACAAAACCUCCCUCGGCGAGUCCUUUAGAAAGUUCGUUGGAAAGUUUCGGUCGUCGAGUAAGGACAAACGGCGCAAGAAAGGGUCCCGCAGUCCUUCCCCCUCCUAUCACAGUUACAACGUCGGAGGGGGAACGGACGAUGAGGCCCCCAUCGCUCCCCCCCGCUCACACCGCCACCGGGACUCCGGGAGUCAGACGAUAGAUAGAGCUAUGAGGAGAGGAGGAGACCCCGUGCAAAAGUACUACCUCGGCGAAGACCCCUUCGGAGGAUCCAUCUACGGCAGGGAAAAGGAGUACGACGGUGUGACGCCCUUCAGGAGGAAACAUCGGCGAGGCAGUGAGAACCUGGAGGACGAGAGGAACGCGAGGAACCAGCAGUUGAACAGUAGCAGCACCUUAGGCCGUUUCAGCAAGUCGACGAGUCGGCUGAUAUCCAACAACCACGUGACCAACAACCAUGUGAUAGACUACUCCGACCGUGGUGGAGUUCAGACUCUGCCUAGGAAGCUGCAUGAGGAGAAGACCAAGAAACAGGUCUACGUUACGAAGAGUAAUGCAGAAAGGAUUUCUUCAUCUCCCCACUCCUGGGAGAGUCAGCGCUACAAAGUGAAUGGCAACCCAAACUCCAACAGUAUGAUCAACGUGUCCAUCGUAAAUAAGACCAGUCCAACAGGGAUGGGUCCUGCCAAGCCUGCUAGAACUUACAGGUCAUCUCUCCUUCGCAGCAAAAGCUUCAACGUCCAUGGUGCAGAUAUGAGUCCGGAUUUUAAUUCCAUUCAUAAGUCUAACCCUCAACUGCACCGGUUGGACGAAUCACCUCCACCUCUGAAAAGUCCAGGGAUAGUAACUAGCAUCAGCCGAAGUACAAAAGACAUCACUCAAGCGAUAAACGAAGAAGACUACAGACGUCCCUUUGGAUACUCCGACCACAUUAACAAAUCGACUGGACAUCUUAAUGGGUACACCAAUAGCAGAACUGUACACGAUACAAAGAAAAAAAUAUUUAUGAAAAAUCUUCAGGACAGAGCACCAGAACUCUAUAGAACUCUGCACGGUAAUGAAGCUAACGACAGCCGAAAACUCUCUCCAGACAUUGACGAUAGAUCAGGAAGGUUAUUUACGAGUACUCCACUGAAAAACGGAAGCAGGGUCCUGGAGUACAGCAAUUCGUUCAGGUCGAGUAACACAAGUUCUCCGCUAGUGAACGGUUCAGAUCGAGUUAAUUCCCCGAUUUCUCCUACUUACACGACAAGUAUAACUCACACACCCUCGUUUAGAACAAAUGGAGGAGAAAUGGUAAACCGCAGCAUAGUCAGAAGAGGAAGCAAUGAUGACUACUCUGAAACUGUUAGGAUAACGUCAAAGUCAGACGAUCCUCUAAGACCGAGUGUGACCAACACUGUUCAAAGCUUCUCAAAAAAGACUGUACCAGUGAAGGGUGGCCGAGGUAAAGAAACUAUUGAGUCGAGUGAAACGAAAACGAUUACGAAAAGUCAUUACAGAGGCAGAGACGACAACAACAAAUACGCUCCCAGGAACGGUGGUGGCGGCGUUGUCAUAGAGGUGCGAAAUAAUCCAAAGUAGUACAGAGUUUUACAACCUUGUACAGACAUUUAACUGAUUAAUAGGUAGUUUGUAACUUUUUCAUAACACUCUUGUUAAUAAUCUUAAUUAUUUAAAAAUUAAAUGUUUUACAAUUUAACAAAGGAUUGUACACAGGAAAACGAAGUUAAAGUUUGAAAAAUGAAACAUUUGUAAUAUUUUAAGAUUAAGUAAUACGUUUUUUUAAGAAAUUGUAUUUGGUUUCCUGAAAAAAUAUUUAGCUGAUGAAAUAUUUCAAUAUUUUAUUCUAAAUAAUCAUGGUGCUAUUGAAGAACAAUACUUUCUCUGUGAUGCUAAGGCAAUCUUUGUUAUAUUUGUUAAUAUUCUAUAAUCUAUAUUGUUUAGUUUCAUUUGUGCCAUUUAUAGUUUUGUGUCAUACAAGUUAGAUAUAAUCCUUUUCUACAUGAUUUUGAACUACCUGAGCUAAUCGUCUUUUUACAAACUGUAGAUGUACAGAUUCAAGUUUUCUUAGCCGUGCAGCUUAAUUGCGUUUUGUAUAGUUGUGUAAAUAUAGGAAAUAGAUAACUGAUUAAUCUAUUAAACAGGCAAACAUUUUAAAUGAACAGUCAAUAUAAUAUUGUCGUUAAAGAGCUUUAAUUGUUUAUGUCUAAGAUUAACUUUGUUGUAAUCUUUGUAAACAGUCAUUUUAUGUAAUUUUUUAACAAAAAGAAAUAAAUAUUUCUUCCAUGACUUU